CAAUUGUCUCUCUGUGUGAAGUAUAGCACUUUACUCGUUCAAAACCAAUUGACAAUGUCUGCUCCUGUCUUCCUCGGUGUCAUUGGCGUCGGUGGCGUCGGCACUGCCUUCCUGAACCAGCUCGCCCGCCUCCCCAACGCCCCCAAGCUCAUCCUCCUCGCCCGCUCCACCCAAACCCUCCUCUCCCCGACCCCCGCCUACAGCCCCAGCAUCCCCGCCGCGGAAUGGAAGACCGCCAGCGCAACCCCCUCCCUGACCAAGUCCGGCGCCCUCUCCGCUGAAGAAAUCGCCAACUACCUCUCCUCGGCGCCCGGCCGCUCCAUCCUCGUCGACAACACCAGCGACCCCGCCCUCGCCGCCUCCUACCCCGUCUUCCUCCGCAAGGGCAUCUCCAUCGUCACCCCCAACAAGAAGGGUUUCUCCUCCGACCUGUCCCUCUGGAAGGACAUCUUCGCCUCCGCGGCUCAGGGCAACGCCCUCGUCUACCACGAGAGCACCGUCGGCGCAGGUCUGCCUGUCAUCUCUACGCUGCGGGAUCUGGUUGCCACCGGCGACGAGGUGACGCGCAUCGAGGGUGUGUUUUCGGGUACGCUUUCGUUCUUGUUCAACACCUUUGCGCCGGUUGGUGGUGCUGGUGCGGGACGGAAGUGGAGUGAGGUUGUGGCUGAGGCCAAGGAGUUGGGAUACACUGAGCCUGACCCGAGAGAUGAUCUCAAUGGUAUGGAUGUUGCGAGGAAGUUGACUAUCUUGGCGCGUAUUGCUGGGUUGGAGGUCCAGGCUCCCGAUGCGUUCCCUGUUGAGUCGCUGAUUCCGGAGGAGUUGAGGGGCUUGGAUGGCUCCGCGGAGGGUGUUAAGACUUUCAUGCAGAGGUUGGGUGAGUUUGAUGGCCAGAUGACGGAGAUUAAGGAGAGCGCCGAGAAGGAGGGUAAGGUUGUCAGGUAUGUGGGUAGUGUGGAUGUUGAGAAGAAGGAGGUGCGUGUUGGAUUGCAGCGCUUCGAUAAGGAUAGUGCUAUUGCUGGCCUCAAGGGCAGUGAUAACAUCAUUAGCUUCUAUACUAAGCGGUAUGGAAGCAACCCGCUUAUUGUCCAGGGUGCCGGUGCCGGUGGUGAUGUUACUGCUAUGGGUGUGUCGGCCGAUUUGAUCAAGGUUGUGCAGAGACUGCAGCAGACCGACUUUUCACUUCUCUGAUGACAGAUGAUGGAUCUAGAGGAUAAAAUAGGAUAUUUCCCCCAAAAUAAAACAUGACAUGAUACCAAAUGUAUACUACUCUAUGCCCUCAAAUACGCCUUAACCGCCUCCCCCCACACAGGACCCCUCUUAUACCGAUGAAUCUCCGGCACAUUCCCCUCCUUCAACCCAUCAAUCGCCAACGCCAAUUCCUCACCUAGCCCUUCCUCCUUGGUCUCCCGAAUAGGGUACGUAUACGUAUGGAACGUGAACACCAGCGCCUUGGUCUUCGGUAACCGGUGUAGAGUCUGACGCUCACACCGAAGAAGAGUCUACACAUAGUCAGUAUGCUGUCUACUUUGCCACCAACUCAUCAAGCGAAUAAUAAAAG